AUGGAACCUAACAGAGACCUGGCUGUGCUGAGUGGCGCUGUAACUAGUCCGGACGUUCUGCACCAGGGCCUCAGCAAGCGAGAGAACAAACGAAAGUACUCGCCCGCGAGGCACGGCUGGUUAGUAGCACGGUCCAACUCUCCAGGGACGCGCGUCUCCGACUCCAUUUGGCCCAGCUCAGCUUGUAGGCCCCUGGAGCUCGUCGCGUCGCCUCGGCAACCAGAGAAUAGUCGGGGGAGUGGGCGGGGACAGAGUGAGUCCGGCAGCCUCUGUGUUGGCACCUACGGCCAUCAGCAACCCAGCUGGUCCCACAGCGGAGCUCCCCAGACCCGCAUGGAGACCCAAGAGUUUUCGGGUUCAUUCGAGCUGUUAGAUGGGCAUGAUACGACAGAAGUAUCUGCUUCUUUGAAAGUUCUCCAGGAGCCCUUAGAACACAGGAUCCCCAACCUGCAGGAUGAGCCCACAGACUCUGAGGAGCGGGAAGAGCUGCAGGUAUCCGAGUCAGCCCACGAGCAAGGCCAGCGAGACAAGUGCAAAGAGAGCUCCAAGCCCUACAAGCGCUAUAAGCCAUAUUCACUUUCUGAACCCCACGAACACUAUGAGCCCUACGCUCCCCAUGCUCUCCAGGGGCCCCAUGAAUACAACGAAUCCUAUGAAGUGUGCGAAUCCUACAAGCCCCACGCGCCCAGGGAGUUCCAUGAACCCCGCGAAUCCUGCGAGAUCUACGAGCCCUACGAGCCCUCUGAGCCCUCUGUGCUCCAUACACCCGGCAAACCUCAGGAGCCAAGCGCACCCGGUGAACUCCACAAGGUCCACGCUCCCGCUCCCCGUAAGCCCCACAAGGCCCACAAGGCUCACGAAGGUGAGCUGCUUCCCAGCUCCGCCUUAAUGCUCUCUCCAUCUCUGGUGAUCAGAUUCCCGCCAUGGGUUCCCUGGUCUUCUCCAAAAGAUCCCGUUCCCCGUGAGUUUGUAAGGAAACGUGUUUUUUCUAGGAAGAGAAUCCGGGAUCUUUCUAAGCCUAAAAAACAAUGGGGAACCCCAGAUAGAAAACUGCUUUGGGGAAAUCAAGAUCCUAUCCGCCCGGUCUGCGAUGGUGCCUUGAAGACUCAGAUGAGCAAAAGACUUGAAAACCUUGCCUUGCCCAAGGAAGUCUCCUACAGAUACAUACCUAACAGGUUAGUAUUGGUUCAAUAUUACUACAGCUGCGGCAGAGAAUCUGUAAUCUGGGAUAUGCCUUCUCCUGUGCUGUUAAAAAAACCUUCCAAAAGGAUCCAGAAGCUAGCACAGCCCAACAGAUUCAAGAUAAUGCAUCUAACAGAUAGGCCAUUCAGUGAUUACAUAAUGAAAGAGCCUCUUCAACUCUCUGGUCCUUCUGCCCGGAUAGUACGACUCUCAAUAGCCAAAUCCAUACAUCCAAACUAUGUUCCUCCAAAAGACAGUGAAAACAAGAUUUCAUUUUAUACCCUGAAUGCUGUCGCAAGUCCAAGAACUGUAGACCUUGCCCAUCCAAGGAUGAAGAUAGAGGGUCUGUGCUAUCCAAGAGAAAAAAGUGAAGUGCCCAUCCGUCCUAUAUCCCAAGCCGCCCUGCUAGCCAAAGCCAGCACUCGAAUAAUAGCUCUAGCUAAGGCCAAGACUCUUCAUGAAGAUUAUUUACCUCCCCGUGACCCCUACUGGCCGGUCUCUUAUGCUGCUAUGCAUUCCAAGGCAUCUCCCAGAGUCCAAGAACUGGCUAAUCCAAAUACAAGGACUCCUGUGCAUAUUGUGUACUACGACCCACAGGUCUUUAAAGUCAAGCCAGCUGCUUUGAAAUCACAAUGUUCUCAGAGGAUCAAGGAGUUGGCAGAACCUCUUACACGUUAA